AUGAUCCCCCAUUCAUCUGCCGGCGGCCAAUCGUGGGGCCACCCUCUGCGAACAUUCAAUGGCGGCCCCGGACGGCUUGAUAAUGCGCAGAUGUUAGGGCAAUAUGACCACCAGUCCGACAGGUCAGCCUCCAUCUUGCAGCCGCCGUCCCGACAACCCGGCGUUGUAGACCUGACCGCAGGCGGUCCAGAGUCGCAAGAGAGAGAACCACCCCCGAAACGACCGAGAUUGGACCUCCCCAGUGGAGCAAGCAUGGCGGAUACUGGCGCGGGAAGCAUAGAGGCGAGAAAUACACCUGCAAGCGCAACGCGACCUGCAGUCUCCUGGCGCGGCCGGCCGGUCUGGUCUUUCCAGGCUGUUGUGUCGGAAAUGCCGAGCAAUGAGAACCGAGGCGAUAGCGCCGCAGGAUUGAAGUCUUCGACACCACCUCCGUUGCCGGCCCAGCCUUGGAGGAUUCCUCCGGUGGCCGAACCCGAGGCAAGCGCUGUCGUGAGGUCGAGGGAAAGCUCCCCAGUCGGGGAGGUACAGACGACCCCAUAUCGCAUGGAGACUCCGUCUGUCGCCCCAGUUUACCAAGGACGAAAGCCCGCCGAUUUCGCCCCAUGGACUGGUAACCACCCGGAGGAUGUCCUGAACGAACAGACCGCGAAACAAGGCUAUUAUGACCGCACGCAAGUCUCCCAGAACGAAUCGAAUACAGCGCGUCCAGCAUUGUAUGCGCAGCUCAAACACCGCACAGGGAUGCAAAUUCUCUCAUCCGUCUUCGCUUCGGCAUUGGAGAAACGACAAAUUCACAAUACCGUUCACGCUCCGUCGACCUUCAAACCGCCCCCGCGUGUUACCCUAACCGACAACAAGCGCGAGGCAUGGCUUCGGGAUCUCGCCAACCCGUCUGUGCCCCUGCGUAGGCUGAGUCGAACCAUUCCUCACGGCAUCCGUGGCAAGAUCCUGCUGGACCAGUGUCUUGGCAAAUGGAUUCCUGUUGCACGUGCUAUAUGGCUGGCGAAAUGUGUUGGUGCCAAUGAAAUUCGUGCGUUCAAGCGGAAAGGUACAAGUGGUGCUUUAGCCCUUGGAUUAGAGGCGAAAUGGGUACGAGACUGGACGACGAAUGUUCAGCAAUUCGUCGAAGGGGUGUUUGCUGCUCCCAAGUCCGAGGAUUGGAAGGCAAAGAUGACAUACGCUACCGGGUUAGCUGCUCGUUUGUUCUCCGAGGGCUUACUGGACCAUGACCAAUUCCUAGAAUGGUUCUUGUCUUCCUUCGAGGCAGCUUCUCUGGGCACUGUUCCGAUCUGGCUAUUAAUGCUUGGGAUAUACUGGAAUAGCAUAAUGCGCUUUCGGCGACAGGGUCGGCGAUUGACGGAACUACUGCUAGAAAAAGUGCGACAGGCGUCCGAGGCUAAAUUACCUCAACUUCAACCUCUCAUCGACCGCCUUUCUCGCUUUAUAAAAAAGCUGGUUCGUGAUCAUACGUCCUCGUUGCUACUGCCAAAUUGCUGGGAGACGUAUAAAGAGCAAGUGCUAUAUGCACUUGAUUCAGGGAAUGUAGCAGACAAAGCCCUUUACGAGGGCCUCAAAGAGCGCAAUACACGAGUACAACGAUCCAGACUCUCGAAGAAGACAGCUCAACGCUCGCCACAUCAACGCAUCGUCCAACCUCUUGACUCCAUCCGCUCCGCCCACGAUCUCACCUCUAUCUCCACUUUUCUCGAGGAAUUCGAGGAUAAGGCUAUCGUAAUUUCCAAACUACUGGAAUGGGUCUCCACGCCCUUCCGCCAUGGGGUCUGUCGGGUUUUCAUUGGCGUUCGCCUGCUCCGCAAGUGGAAAUUGGCUGGCGUCGAUGUAGACAGCCAUAUACUUACUUUCCUCUCGCGUGGGGUUACCAACCAAAAGCUCAGCAUGGAGCAGAUCUAUCAUGUCGUCUCUGAACUUGUCAGGUCACAGACAUUCUCAGUUGGCCGCUAUCUUCAAUGGCUGAUGGCGCGAGGUGUUACUAAUACGUCUUCGGCUGAGGUGCGCAAGUUAAAGGACUUGCCAAUUGAUAUCGGGCUGAUAGCUCAACUCCCUGUUAGCCGUCUCCCAGAACACGUUGGUAAUCUGCGCAGUACCCUGCUCGCUCGAACGGGGCUCUCUCCUUCGGAGGAGACAAUGGCUGUCAAAAACGUGAAAAAUAUCAUCAGCCAGCGUCUGCCUGGUAUCUUUGGUGUUAGCGAAACUGCCGCAAUGGCCCUAGACUCACUACCGCCAGACCUACCCUGGGCCGUCAAAGCAGAGGUUGGCCAGUGGCUACGUCGUGCAAUUGCGGAACACAACCGGAGCGCAGAGUCGACCAGCAAAGCGUAUUUUCCCGUUGACCAUGCUUCUGUGGUGUCUGCACUGACUCCCAUUGAGUUCUAUACGGCCCGCGAGGUUCUCGAAUCAUUUGGAGAUAUCUCAAUGCUGGCAGAUGUGUUGAAGUUCUCGUCUAGUUGCAGCGACAGCACAGUUCUCGCCUCGGUUGCAGAUACCAUGAAUUGCCAUUUCGACUCCCUUGGUGUGAUUGGCGCUACAAGUGACCUUUUCCGGAGACUCAUUGAUGCAUACGCCAGCAUCAAGAGACAUGAAAUGCCAAGCCUCGAUCUGAUAUUUUCUUUGAUCGAGCUUGGUUUGCGUAUACCGAGUGAGAUCAAUACUGUAUCCAUUCUUCGCCAAGACCUAUCUCGCAUGGAGAACAGGUCUAUCAUCGCCGCGUGUUCCCCGGUAUCCGACCACAUCCCUGAUGGCCUUGGUGACGUUGAUCCGCUUAUCCGAGACAAGUUGGACCAACUCCUGCAAUCGGGAAAUGUCAUAGAUGAGCCAACUUUGGACGCAGUGUUCCGCGCCCUCGCAAAACACCUGGAGUCUGAUGAUGGUCAUCCCAUCCUGUCAGCGAACGAUACCUGCCGUUACCUUGCACAGCUUAGGUCUUUCCACCCGAAGCAUUUCGAUGGGAUUCUGACCCGGUGGGUCUGUGGCCAUUUGCAAUCUCCCGAACGCUCGACCUUGUUGCGAAUCCUGCCCCCGCUGAUCGGUGUUGGAUGCGUCACUAUCAAGGCUUUUUUGGCUCUUGCAAAGAGGCUCUCUUCCUCCACCCCAGCAACAGUCCCUAAUGUCGCCCAACUGCCAGCCGAUCUCGUCCAGCUUCUUGUCUCUGGCAGCGAAUACAGCAAGUCCGUUGAUCUGGUGUCCUAUCGUUUUCAAUUGGCACAGCAGGAAUUCCUGACCAGGAACUCCGAUGAAGCUCUGCGAAUCAUUUGCGAUGCCGCAUCUUCCAGCCGUUGCGCUUCAACAGGACGAAGUGAUUUGGAAAGCUCUAUGGUCAUCUUGUUACGGGAUCUCCUCGUGCGACACCCUGAUUAUGCAGCACAGAAUGGCUUGCAAAAGCUCAUGGACCAAACUCCAGCUGCUCUGGGUAUUGUCCAGAAAGCGCUGGAUCUUCUCUUGGGUGUCGAGUCACAAUCCGACAGCAACUCGGUCCUGUCAAAGGUCGAAAAACUUGCCAGUAUGACUGACGACUUCUCGCUGCCCUUUUGCCAGCUGAAACUGCAAGUGUUAUUCCACGCAGUCUCAGGGCCGGAAGAUCGGACGAACAUCAUUGAUGCCAUGUUCAAGACUGCAGUGACAGACUGUCGUGCUCAUAGAUUCCACUGGGUUGACCUGGUUGCACUGAUGAGCCCGGACGCGGUCCGCCAAAUCCGGGAACGUGCUGAGAAAGAGUUCUUCUCUAUUCCGAUACUCGAAGAGCCAAUAGGUGACAUACCUGAUUCGCCUGCCAAGCUGCCAUCAUUGCAAACCGCCAGAAUGUAUCUCACCAUCAUCGAAGAGCUCGCGAGCAGCAUCCCCGACUCUGGAGCUCCGGCAGUUGCUUCAGUGCUCGUGGAAAAGAUGGACUCCCUCCUCCACAAGAUCAUCGUUAUGCACAACAACACUCCUCCCAAGGGUCCAGCCAAUCCAGACCGUGCAAGAUUCGAGCGCGCCCUCUCCCUCUGGUUCUCCGCUCUCCUCCGCUUAACCGUCCUCCACCGAUCCGCCUUCAUCCAACCACCCGCAAUCCUCAAAACAAACCCCACCCACGAGCAGCUCCGCAUUCUAACCUCAAUCAUCUGCAUCGCCCUCUCCCGCCUACCAAGCGACCCUCCCCAACUCUCACCCUCGUCCUCCACAGAUAUAACCCAAGCAGGGGACACCUUCACCAUCCCAACCCUCCUCCAAACCCACGCCCUGGACGUAGCAGCCUCCCUAAUCGACAUCUUCCCGGACGAAGUCCGCCACCAAUGCGCUCGCUUCCUGCGCGAGAAAUGUCCCCCUUUCCUACCCUUCCAGAACGACCCGCGCUACAUCUACCUCCUCGGCCCAAUCGCCGACUCCCACCCAGCCACCACACAAGUCUCAGUCGCAUCCCCGGCAGCAUCAACACCCGCCUCUGCCCUCUUCCCGGGAUCAUCACCGGCGCAACCAUCUAUGCCAGUCCCCGGCCCAUCGACCGGCUUAUCAGAUGACCCGAACGGCAUAGCCAGCCGACUCCGUCUUCAACACCGUGGUCGUGUCGUAGGUCCUUACCAGGUCCGUCCGUGGGAAUUGCUCGAAGAUGCGGCGCCGUUCUUGGGCGUUAAUGAUACGGCUGUUAAUUUGGGGUAUUUCGAUGCUAGGCGUGUAAGGGCUUGA